AUGGACCCUGACGGCGACGCGCGGCAUCAGCAGCGGCGGCGGCGACCGGAGGAGGAGGGCCCGGCGGUGUCGCUCCGGCCGCUGGGCCUGGCGGACGUGGACGACUUCAUGGCGUGGGCGUCGGACGAGCGCGUGAUGCGCCACCUGAAGCGCCCCCUGUGCGCGACGAGGGAGCAGGCCGUGGCGCAGAUCAGGGACACCGUGCUCGGCCACCCGUGGUUCCGCGCCGUCUGCGUGGCGGGGCGCCCCGUGGGGCAGGUGUCCGUGUGGCCCUACCCGGACGACGGCGGCCACCGGGCCAACCUCGGCUACGCGCUGGCGCACCGCCACUGGGGCCGCGGCAUCGCCUCCGCCGCCAUCAGGAUGGUAACUCCGUUAGCUGGUAACCCGGGCGGAGCUCCGGUGGUGGGGAGGGUGUUCGAGGAGCUGCCGGGGCUGGGGAGGCUGGAGGCGGUGACGGACGUCGGGAACGCGAGGUCGCAGAGGGCGCUGGAGAAGGCCGGGUUCCAGAGGGAAGGGGUGCUGCGCAGCUACAUCGUCCGCCCCGGCGCCGGCGACGGCGAGGCCAGGGACGCGGCGGUGUACAGCUUCUUGUCCUCCGACCCUCGUCCUCCGCUCGCGUGAUCGCGCCCGCUGUUUCGCUCGCUCGCCACUUCGUGCCGUGUAAACCUCCACUGUUAAUAACAAGUUUAAAUCUGAAGCCCUGAUGAUUGCCAGUAUGUAGUGUUUGCUGAAGGAAUUCCAUCAGCAGCAGAGAAGAUAUUCCCAUGGCUUUGCUUCAGUCUUCAACUUUAGAAAUCAUUCAUCUCCUGUAUACGAUGUAUAGUGAGCUGGGCCGGCCCAUCUUUCCCUUGUACAAAAUUCGACGUGAUAACCAA